CGUGCCAUUUACAAAAAAACCAAAAUCGGAGGAAAGAGCGAGAAUCACGCCCAGAUUUGUACACUUGAUAAUCGAUUAUCCUCUUCCACAAACUCCUAUAAAUUUGAUUCUCUCUGUUUCCCCUGUUUCUUUCACUGAAUCUCAGACACUCAAAAUUGCGAAUUUAUUACUGUUUGCACGUUUUACUGUUACAAUGAAAAUGGCCCUUCUUUACAAACCCACAAUCUGUUUCCCUCAUAAAUUCUGUCUAGACCCACCAAAAUCAAUCCCCAGAAGUUCAAUAACCAUGAAAGAUAGCAUCAAUAAUACCAAUUUAAACACCAUUGUUGACUCUUCUGCUGCAAUGGAGGAGAGGAAGUUGCCCAUUUUGCUGUUUGAUGUUAUGGAUACGCUUGUUCGUGAUCCCUUUUACCAUGACAUUCCAGAUUUUUUUGGCAUGUCUAUGAAGGAAUUGAUGGAAUGCAAGCAUCCAACUGCCUGGAGUGAGUUUGAAAAGGGAUUGAUUGAUGAGGACGAAUUAGCUAAAAAGUUCUUCAAAGACGGAAGACACCUCGAUGUGGAAGGCCUUAAAGAUUGCAUGAAAAGGGGAUAUUCCUACUUAGAUGGUAUCGAAGAUCUGCUGCAUGCCUUAAAACUAAACAACUACGAAAUGCACGCUUUUACAAAUUAUCCAGUCUGGUACCAAUUAAUUGAGGAUAAGUUAAAGCUAUCAACUUAUUUAUCUUGGACAUUCUGCUCCUGUGCAACAGGAAAAUUGAAGCCAGACCCUGAUUUUUAUAGUGAAGCCUUCAGACACCUUCAGGUUGAGCCCGAAAGCUGUAUCUUUGUUGAUGACAGGAUUAAAAAUGUGGAGGGAGCAGUAAGUGUUGGAAUGGUUGGCUUGCAAUUUAAAGGUGCAGAUGAGUUGCGUCAGGAUCUCUCUCUUCUUGGCAUUAAUAUUUCUGCAAAUGAACUCAAAUACAAUUGGACGAGCUCAUGAAGAUGUAUUACAUUUUCGUUAUCUAUAUUCUUCCACUUUCAGAACUGAUUAGUCACUGAUAUCGUUGCACUGCAAUGAAUAUCUGGUGUUGUCCUUCUGUCCUAUGUGUAUUGUGUGGAUAUAUUAUUUUCUUGGUUUUUCCAGGGGGAAAGGGGGCAGACACUCAUGUAACUCUGUCAUUAUGAAUAUAUAAUUAUUAUCCUGCAGAUUAUGAUUCUGCAUGAAGUUUAUUCAGCUUUCCAAGUUAACUCCA